CCAUCCCACCUUAAAAGAAAAAACAAAAACCUAAUGACAUGAUCCAACCUCCAAUAAGACUCCAAUAAUCAAAGCCAUGGCUGCUACCGAGCCUGUAAGCAACAUCUGUCGACUCGACGGCCGGGUAGCAAUCGUAACUGGGGCAUCACGUGGUAUUGGCCGCGCCAUCGCCCUCCACCUUGCAUCUCUUGGGGCGAACCUCGUCCUCAAUUACUCCACUAGCUCCGCUGAGGCUGACCGUCUGGCGGCCGAGAUCAAUUCAUCAGCCCCAUCAGUAGCAUCGAAACCCCGGGCAAUCACGGUCCGAGCCAAUGUGUCAAAUGCGUCCCAAGUGAAGGCACUCUUUGACCAGUCCGAGGCAGCCUUCGGUCCUGAAAUUCACAUCCUGGUGAAUUCUGCUGGGAUACUGGACCCCAAGUACCCGAGAUUGGCGAACACCUCAGAAGAGGACUGGGACAGGACCUUUGAGGUCAACACCAAGGGCAGCUUCCUUUGUUGCAAGGAGGCUGCUAGUCGCCUGAAACGUGGCGGCGGAGGAAGGAUCAUCUGCCUUUCUUCGUCGAUGGUCGGUGGACUCAUGCCCGGGUAUUCGGCCUACGCAGCGUCCAAAGCGGCAGUGGAGACCAUGAUAAGGAUCUUAUCUAAGGAAUUGAAAGGUACGCAGAUCACGGCUAACUGUGUGGCACCUGGGCCGAUAGCAACAGACAUGUUCUUCUCAGGGAAGACCGAAGAGGCUGUACAGAUGGUGAUCAAUAUGAACCCCCUGAGCCGAUUGGGGGAGACUAAAGAUGUGGCUCCGCUUGUGGGGUUUUUGGCUAGUGAUGCGGGCGAGUGGGUAAAUGGCCAGGUUAUUCGUGUCAACGGCGGCUAUGUUUAAGAUUCUGAUUUUAGGGUCUGUUUAUAUGUCUAGCUACUUUUUACCUUUUUCCAUAUGCCUGUGAAGGGUACUUGGGAUUUUAUUUAAUAUGGUAAUACAUAGACUUGAAACCUCCUUUAACUUGUUUUCCUGUAAACGAGUGUCCCACGCAAGUGUCAUGACAAGUGCACUUGAAGUUGUCUCUUAAAACAGGAUGUCCUUAAAGACUAUUUUUUAGGUAGUAACAAUGGGUUUCUAUCCUUUUUAACAAGUAAAUUUAUUUA